UACAACUCCCGGCAGGCGCGGGCGGCGCAGGCGCGGUGCGGGCAGCCGGCGGGUCCGCGUGCGGGGCGAUGUCGGCCCUGCGCUGGGGCCGCGGCGCGGCCGGGCUCGGACGGGCCCUGUGGCCGGCGGGCCACCCCGGCCUCCUGGCCGAGGAAGGGGCCCUGGGGGGCGUGUGGGGCCGCCGAAGGAGCUCGUCGGCCAGCCCUUGUGAGCAGGACCGCGGGAAGGACUGGGGCCACGCCGAGCUGCUGGAGGUGCUCGAGGCGCGGGUGCGGCAGCUGCAGGCCGAGUGUGUGUCGGAGGUGACGGUGAAGAGGGUGGACGUGGCUCGGCUCCCGGAGGCUGGCGGCUUCCAGCCCCCCAGGAAGGCGCAGCCAGGGGCCACGGGGGCCGCUCCGGGACUCAGCGGCCGCUGGGCGGAGAAGCUGGACAAGGAGAAGUGGACGAUGCAGAAGCGCCGGCAGCGGCUGGAGGCGAAGCUGGAGGAGCAGGCCCGGAAGCUGGCCCGCGAGCAGCAGCUGCGGGUGGAGCCCCGCCUGCUGAACGGACAGCUGGCCAAGAGCCUGCAGCGCUGGGAGCAGGGCGGCCCGCGCAGCCCCUGGGAGGAGCCACUGGCGCAGCUGCUGCAGGAGGCCCCGCGGAGGCUGGGCUGCGAGGCGGAGCAGGCCCCAGCGGACAGGGUGGCCGGGGCGCGGCUGGAGAGCCAGCGGCAGAGGCUCCUGGCCUUCCUCGAGUGCUGCCUGUUCACUGGCCACCUGCCGCUCGCCCACCACGUGCUGGUCGUCCAGCACAGCAGGUCCCGGCAGCAGCGGCUGCUAACGCUCGCCAUGUACAACACCGUCAUGCUCGGCUGGGCUCGCAAGGGCUGCUUCAAAGAGCUGGUUUACGUCUUCUUCAUGGUGAAGGACGCCGGCCUUGCCCCGGACCUACUGUCCUACGCGGCCGCCCUGCAGUGCAUGGGGCGACUGGACCAGGACGCCGGUACCAUCCAGAGGUGUCUAGAGCAGAUGGCCCAGGACGGCCUGCAGCUGCAGGAGCUCUUCGUGGGCUCACCGCUGUGCAAGGAGGAUCAGGGCGUGCUCCUGAGGGCCGUGCGCAAGGCCAGGCCCGGCUUCAGCCCUCCGCCGCGGCCCAAGCCCCCGCCCCCGGUCAGCAGCUCACCACUGCUCAGGGAGAUCUACGCCAAGGACCGGCCCGUGUCCUACCCGAGGUUGCACCUGCCCCAGAAGAAGCUGGAGGGUCUCUUCCAGCAGCAGCUCCGCGUGGAGAUGGCCACCACCGUCACCGUGGAGUCGGUGGAGAAGGCCCCGCGGCUGACCCCGGAGGUCCUGCGCGCGCGGAAGACCCUGAAGGGGCUGCGCGCCCGGUGGGAGGCGGCGCUGUGCCGGGCGCUGCAGGAGACCAAGGCCAGCGAGGCCCAGGCCGCCCGCGACGGCCGCCCCACGCUGCUGCCCUACCUGUGCCUGCUGGGCGAGCGCGAGUUCGCGCGGCUGCUGCUGCAGACCCUGCAGGCGCUGCCCCCGCAGGGUGAGUCGCUCCUCUGGCUGGCGCAGCAGCUGGGUCUGCGCGCCUUCAACCGGCACAUCGUGCAGAGGAAGCUGCUCAGCAACCAGGUGCGGGAGCUGGAAAAGCGCUACUCCCAGUACCUGCACCUGUUGGCCUCCGACGCCCAGGUGGCGGAGCCCUGCCUGCCGCGGCAACACUGGGAAGCGCUGGGGGCGCCCGAGGCCCCCCACGAGCAGCCCUGGCCGUUGCCGGUGCUGGUGCAGCUGGGCAAGCAGCUGGCUGAGCUGCUGGUGGGGGCUGUGCGCAUGCCCAGCAGCCUCGCCGCGCCCCAGGGGCCUCCCAAGCUCAUCCCCGUGCUCUACCAUGUGUACUCCUUCCGCAGCUUCCGCCAGAUUGGCAUCCUGAAGCCGCACCCGGCCUUCACGCAGCUGCUGGCGGCUGCGGCAGAGCGCACGCUGACCUUCGAGGCCGCCGAGGUGCCCAUGCUGUGCCCGCCACUGCCCUGGACGUCGCCACACUCAGGCGCCUUCCUGCUGAGCCCAACCAAGCUGAUGCGCUCGGUGGAGGGGACCAUGCAGCACCAGCGCCUGCUGGAGCGCUGCCCGCCCGCCGAGCUGCACGGCGCCCUGGACGCCCUCACCCAGCUGGGCAACUGCGCCUGGCGCGUCAACGGGCGCGUGCUGGACCUGGUGCUGGAGCUCUUCACCGCCAAGGGCUGUCCCCGCCUGGGUGUGCCUGCCCCACCCUCUGAGGCACCCCGGGCCCCUUGGGGCCGCCUCCCACCAGACACCCCACCCGCCCGCAAGGCCGAGCUGCGGCGGGAGCUGGCCCGCUGCCUGAAAGUGGCCCGCGAGAUGCAAAGCCUGCGGGCCGACGCACUUUACCGCCUCUCGCUGGCCCAGCACCUGCGGCACCGCGUCUUCUGGCUGCCGCACAACAUGGACUUCCGCGGCCGCACCUACCCCUGCCCGCCCCACUUCAACCACCUGGGCAGCGACCUGGCGCGCGCCCUGCUGGAGUUUGCCCAGGGCCGCCCGCUCGGCCCCCACGGCCUCGACUGGCUCAAGAUCCACCUGGUCAACCUCACGGGGCUCAAGAAGCGCGAGUCGCUGCGGGCGCGCCUGGCCUUUGCGGACGAGGUGAUGGAGGACAUCCUGGACUCGGCCGACAGGCCCAUGACGGGCCGGAAGUGGUGGAUGGAGGCGGACGAGCCCUGGCAGGCCCUGGCCUGCUGCAUGGAGAUCGCUCGGGCCUCGCGCUCCCCAGACCCCGCCGCCCAUGUCUCCCACUUCCCGGUUCACCAGGACGGCUCCUGUAACGGCCUGCAGCACUACGCCGCCCUGGGCCGGGACAGCGUGGGGGCUGCCUCCGUCAACCUUGUGCCCUCGGACCUGCCGCAGGACGUGUACAGUGGGGUGGCCGCGCAGGUGGAGGUGUUCCGCAGGCAGGACGCUGAGCAGGGCGUGCGGGUGGCCCAGGUGCUGGAGGGCUUCAUCAGCCGCAAGGUGGUGAAGCAGACGGUGAUGACCGUGGUCUACGGGGUCACCCGCUACGGGGGCCGCCUGCAGAUCGAGAAGCGGCUGCGGGAGCUCAGCGACUUCCCCCAGGAGUUCGUCUGGGAGGCGUCUCACUACCUCGUGCGGCAGGUGUUCCUCAGCCUCCAGGAGAUGUUCUCGGGCACCCGGGCCAUCCAGCGCUGGCUGACGGAGAGCGCCCGGCUCAUCGCCCACACGGGCUCGGCCGUGGAGUGGGUCACGCCCCUGGGCAUCCCCAUCAUCCAGCCCUACCACCAUGACUCCAAGAUCCUGAUCAACGGCGGCCUCCAGAGCCUCACGUUCAGCAGCAGCGGGGACACCAGCCAGAAGCCCAACACGCUGAAGCAGAAGAAUGGCUUCCCACCCAACUUCAUCCACUCGCUGGACUCCUCGCACAUGAUGCUCACGGCCCUGCACUGCUACAGGAAGGGCCUGACCUUCGUGUCUGUGCACGACUGCUUCUGGACGCACGCGGCCGACGUCGCCGUCAUGAACCAGGUGUGCCGCGAGCAGUUCGUCCGUCUGCACAGCCAGCCCAUCCUGCACGACCUGUCCAGGUUCCUGGUGAAGCGGUUCUGCUCCGGCCCCAGGUCCCCGAAAGCCUCCAAGAACGUCUGGGUCUCCCGGCUGCUGGACACGCUGCUGUCGGUGCCCAAGACAGGGCCCUUCAACCUGGAGCAGGUGAAGCGCUCCACCUACUUCUUCAGCUGACGCCCGGCGUCCCCGCUGCGCGCUGACACAGUGUAAAUAAAGCUCUGUCGCCACCCA